UUCACCUCUCCCAGCUCUUUUCUAAUCUUCCCCCCUCGAUUCUUCUGUCUAUGGACUGGAAGCCGUCUAAUAUCUUGUACUUAUUCUUGCGCACCGUUUGAUUUGGCUUUCCCUGUCAUUGAAGCCCUUGCUCCGCUCCCCUCCCCCCUUUCCGGCCAGGUGUUUACCGCCCCGAUUCACGAGACCCGAAUUCCACUCCCCCCUCCUUCCUCCCAUUCACAAUACAGCCACCAUGGCUACCCCGGUAGCAGCCCCCGAAGACCAGACUCGUCUCCUCGAGGAGGCAUUGGGCGUGGUGCGACAGCAGUCGCAGAUGAUGCGGAAAUGUCUAGAGACGCCCGGGAAGUUAAUGGAUGCGCUGAAAUGCGGGUCCACAUUAGUUUCCGAGCUCCGCACGCCCAGUCUCGGUCCUAAGCAAUACUACGAACUGUAUAUGGCGGUCUUCGACGCCCUGCGACACCUCUCCGUAUACCUGAAAGAGAACCACCCGGUCAACCACCUGGCGGACCUGUACGAGCUCGUCCAGUAUGCCGGCAACAUCAUCCCGCGGCUCUACCUCAUGAUCACCGUGGGCACGGUGUACAUGUCCGUCGAGGAUGCCCCCGUCAAGGAGAUCAUGAAGGACAUGAUGGAGAUGAGCCGAGGUGUGCAGCAUCCCAUCCGCGGCUUGUUCCUGCGGUACUACCUGUCCGGCCAGGCGCGGGACCAUCUGCCGACCACUUCCGGGGACGGCCCCGAGGGCAACCUGCAGGACUCGAUCAACUUCGUUCUGACCAACUUCGUGGAGAUGAACAAGCUGUGGGUGCGAUUGCAGCACCAGGGCCCCUCUCGCGAGCGCGAGAAGCGCAUGCAGGAACGUCGCGAGUUGGAACUGCUGGUCGGGAGUAACGUCGUGCGCCUCAGCCAGUUGGUCGAUCUCGAGGCCUACAAGUCCGGUAUACUGCAGGCCCUGCUGGAACAGGUCGUUCAGUGUCGGGAUGUGUUGGCGCAGGAGUAUCUGCUCGAAGUGAUUACGAAGGUGUUCCCCGAUGAGUUCCAUCUGCAUACUCUCGACCUCUUGCUUUCGGCGAUUUCUCGGCUCAACCCGCAUGUGGACUUGAAGAAGAUUGUGAUAGGCCUGAUGGACCGCCUGUCGAGCUAUGCUGCCCGCGAGAGAGAGGCCUCUGCCGACCCGGAGGCACGGAAGCAAAAAGAGGAAGAGGCUGUUACCAAGUUGCUCGAGAACCUGAAGGUGUCUGAAGAGACGAAGGCGGAAGAGCCUGCGGCAGAUGCAGAGCCGACACAGGAGAAUGGGGUCGAACAGGCUAAGGAAGAAAGCGCACCGGCGGAAGAAGAGGAGCAGAAACCAGCCAAUGGCGACGCCAAAGCUCCCGAGGCCAUUCCUGCCGAUGUCAAGCUGUAUGCGAUCUUCUACGACCAAGUCGUCAACUUGAUCAAGAGCCGCGGCCUGCCUAUCCAGGACACCAUGGCGCUUCUCCUCUCGCUCGUCAACCUGGCGCUCAACACCUACCCCGACCAGUUGGAAUACGUUGACCAGGUCCUUGACUUCGCGACCAAAGAGACUGCCGCUUAUACCGAUCACGCCGAUCUUCAUUCCGCUCCGACGCAACAAAACCUCCUGCAACUUCUCACCGCACCUCUCCGCUCCUACGUUUCCAUUUUCACGGCCUUGGCCUUACCUCACUACAUCCCACUCCUGACCACACAAUCCUAUCCCACGCGGCGAUCUGUCGCAGGCGAGAUCGCUCGCAGCCUCCUCAAGAACGGAACCCCCAUCACCACAACAGAGAACCUCGACCGUGUUCUACAGGCCCUGAGGGUUCUCAUCAAGGAGGGUACCCAGCAGUCGAUGGGAUACCCUGGCUCUCAGCGGCGAGGCGAGACUGAAGAGACCAUUGAGGAGCAAGGGUGGCUUGCGCGGUUGGUUCAUCUGAUCAAGGCAACCGACAAUGAUACCCAGUUGAAGCUUCUUCAAGCGACUCGGAAAGCUUACCUUGAUGGGAACGAGCGCAUUCGUUACACCACUCCAGCCCUUAUCACUGCCUCGAUACGCCUGGCGCGUAAACUCAAGGCCCGCGAGCACUACGAUGACAAUUGGCAGUCGCAGUCUUCGGCACUCUACCGGUUCAUGCACCAAUGCGUCAACAACCUCUAUCAGCGCGUGAAUCCCGGAUGCGCCGACUUGGCGCUGCGGUUGUUUGUGAUGUGCGGAGAAGUAGCGGACCAGACGGGCUUCGAGGAAUUCAGCUACGAGUUCUUCGCCCAGGCCUUCACUAUUUACGAAGACUCCAUUAGCGAUUCCCGUGCUCAGUUCCAGGCGGUAUGCAUCAUUGCCGGUGCGCUCCACGGCACGCGAGGAUUCUCGAAGGAGAACUAUGACACACUCAUCACGAAGGCCGCGCUCCACGGAAGCAAGCUGCUCAAGAAGCCUGAUCAAUGCCGCGCGGUAUAUCUGGCCAGCCAUCUCUGGUGGGUGGUCGAGAACCCGCAAAGAGGCGAGGAAGAUGCCAAGAACCUCUACCGUGAUGGAAAGCGUGUUCUUGAAUGCUUGCAGCGUGCCCUCCGGGUCGCUGACGCCUGCAUGGACACGGCCGUCUCCGUCGAACUUUUCGUGGAGAUCCUCAACCGCUACGUCUAUUACUUUGACCAACAGAACGAAACAGUGACCACCAAGUACCUGAACGGCCUCAUCGAGCUCAUUCACUCCAACCUGCAGACCGACAAAGAGGAGCCCAACCCCAGCCUCGAGGGCCCCAAGCGCCACUUCCAACGGACAUUGGAGUACAUCCGAUCUCGAGAUUACGAGGGGGUUGUCACGGAGUCGAGACAGUGAUCGGGGAAGGGAGGGUAUGAACGACCUGUAUGAAUGAGAGACGCGCAUAUUACUUUCUGAAGCCUUCUUUUUUUUUUUCCUUUUUCCCACCUUCACUACCACUACCACCCAUUUUCCUGUUUCUUUUUUGUGAUACAAUCCUACUUAUCCUUAAGCAUUGUGUGUCUACUUGUUUGUCGAUGACUUUGUAAGAUUCCCAUUCUCCUUUCGCUGCUUCCCUGCUGCUCCCCGGUGGGCUUUGUUUUUCUUGUAAUCGGGGAUUUGUUUCCUCGAUCUGCGUGUAUCAUCAUAUCAUCAUCAGACUAAACCGUCGUCGUAUCUACCCAC